CCGGAAACACCUCUAACCCGUACACCCACGGAAGGAGCAGGCUCUAAGAGUUCAGUCAGGUGACCCGCCCAAACCACUGGUGUCAAUGACAAUGACACAUUUAAAAUACGUCUAAAUGCCUUUGGUGCCUAGGUCAGGUUGGCUGCGGGUCACCCGUCAUCGGCCAUCAGGCCGCGCAAAGCGACACUCCCGUUCGGGAUCUUUAAAAGUAAGGCUGCGAAUUGGCCAGCUGGAAGGAGGGUCCGAGCCAAUGCUGUGGCCUGCUGCGCACGCGCGCGCCCCGGGGCGUGGCGCACUAUGACCCGCCUGCUGCGCGUGCGCGCGCCUAGGCGGCGCGAGGUUAGGGCCGGGGGAUGUUACUCCGGCUGGUGGGGGCGGCGGGCAGUCGGGCCCUGCCCUGGCGUUUUUCCAACUUGUGGCGAUGUGGCGGCUGCGCAGGGAGCGGCGUGGCGGCCUGGAGCAGCGUGAGGGUCGGUGGCAUUGCUCGGCAGGAACAGCCUGCUCGUCUCUCUUUUCAGUGUCAUCAGGGGAUAUGCUUGCAGCAGCAGGCUCUGCAGGGAAGACUGACUUCGUUUCCCCCACGGCUGUGUUCAAAACCCCCCAAAGGGUUUGAGAAAUAUUUUAAGAAUAAGAAGAAUGGAAGAAGUACAGACCCAGGAAAUUCAGUAACUCCAAAAAAAGAACCAAAGAACGCUGGGCCUGGAGGAGAUGGAGGCAAGAGAGGAGGGAAGCAAGAUGACUUUGCCUGGUGGAGACGGAUGCAGAAGGGAGAGUUUCCUUGGGAUGACAAGGAUUUCCGGAGUCUGGCUGUUUUGGGGGCAGGCGUGGCUGCAGGAUUUUUAUAUUUCUAUUUCCGAAAUCCUGGAAAAGAGAUCACCUGGAAACACUUUGUACAGUAUUACCUAGCCAGAGGUCUGGUGGAGCGGCUGGAGGUUGUGAACAAGCAGUUUGUUCGAGUUAUUCCUGUUCCUGGGACGACAUCCGAGAAGUUCGUGUGGUUUAACAUUGGUAGUGUUGAUACCUUUGAGCGGAACCUCGAGUCUGCUCAGUGGGAGCUGGGGAUUGAGCCCACCAACCAGGCUGCGGUAGUCUAUACUACUGAGAGUGAUGGCUCUCUUCUCCGAAGCCUGGUACCCACCCUGGUCCUGGUUAGCAUCCUCCUCUAUACCAUGAAGAGGGGUCCAAUGGGGACUGGUCGUGGUAGCCGAGGAGGAGGCCUCUUCAGUGUUGGUGAGACAACAGCCAAGAUCUUAAAAAACAACAUUGAUGUGCGAUUCGCAGAUGUGGCUGGCUGUGAAGAGGCCAAAUUGGAAAUUAUGGAGUUUGUGAAUUUCCUGAAGAACCCAAAGCAGUAUCAGGACUUAGGAGCCAAAAUUCCAAAGGGAGCAAUGCUCACUGGCCCACCUGGAACUGGCAAAACACUUCUUGCAAAAGCAACUGCUGGAGAGGCCAACGUGCCCUUCAUCACUGUGAAUGGGUCGGAGUUCCUGGAAAUGUUUGUUGGUGUUGGGCCGGCACGGGUUCGUGACAUGUUUGCGAUGGCCCGAAAAAAUGCUCCUUGUAUUUUAUUCAUUGAUGAGAUUGAUGCAAUUGGCAGGAAGCGAGGCCGUGGUCACCUGGGAGGCCAGAGUGAGCAGGAGAACACUUUAAACCAGAUGCUUGUGGAGAUGGAUGGGUUUAACUCUGCCACUAAUGUGGUAGUGCUAGCUGGCACCAAUCGCCCUGAUAUCCUUGACCCAGCCCUAACACGGCCUGGCCGGUUUGACCGCCAGAUCUACAUUGGUCCCCCUGAUAUCAAAGGCAGGUCCUCUAUUUUCAAGGUCCACUUGCGUCCACUCAAGCUAGACCAACGCCUCACCAAAGAUGCUCUUUCGAGGAAGCUAGCGGCUCUCACUCCGGGCUUCACUGGUGCUGAUAUUUCUAAUGUGUGCAAUGAAGCAGCACUGAUUGCUGCCCGCCAUCUUAGCUCUUCUGUCCAGGAGCGGCACUUUGAGCAAGCCAUCGAGAGGGUCAUUGGAGGCCUUGAGAAGAAGACGCAGGUCCUACAACCCAGUGAAAAGACAACUGUAGCCUACCAUGAGGCUGGGCAUGCAGUGGUGGGCUGGUUCUUGGAACAUGCAGAUCCUCUGCUGAAGGUGUCCAUCAUCCCUCGGGGCAAGGGGCUUGGCUACGCCCAGUACCUUCCCCGUGAGCAGUACCUCUACACACGGGAGCAGCUCUUCGACCGCAUGUGCAUGAUGCUGGGGGGUAGGGUGGCUGAGCAGCUCUUCUUUGGCCAGAUCACCACAGGGGCUCAGGAUGAUCUGAGGAAGGUCACCCAGAGUGCCUAUGCCCAGAUUGUGCAGUUUGGAAUGAGUGAGAAGCUAGGCCAGGUAUCCUUUGACCUCCCCAGACAAGGAGAAACCAUGGUGGAAAAGCCAUACAGUGAAGCAACUGCCCAACUCAUUGAUGAGGAAGUCCGGUGCCUUAUCAGGUCUGCCUAUGCUCGGACCCUGGAGCUGCUCACGCAGUGCCGGGAGCAGGUAGAGAAGGUGAGCAGGCGACUCCUGGAGAAGGAAGUGCUGGAGAAGGCCGACAUGAUAGAGCUCCUGGGCCCUCGGCCCUUUGCAGAGAAGUCCACCUAUGAGGAGUUUGUAGAGGGCACCGGCAGCCUGGAGGAGGACACAGACCUCCCUGAGGGGCUGAAAGACUGGAAUCAGGGACGGGAGGAAGGAGGCACUGAACGGUGCUUACAGGAGAGCCCUGCAUAGCUGUGGCCUGUGGGUGGCCGCUGUGACCACUGCUGACGGGUUGCUGCUCAGCCUUUUUGGAGCAGCCGUCAGAGUAACUGGAAAACAAAUUAAAACAGGGACAGCUGCAAAGGUGAGACCGUUCAGAAUCCACACAGGAGGGGGCUGGGGCCUGGCAGCAUCCAGCAAGGGAGUAGCUGAGGCAUCAGAGGUAUAGCCUGAGGCCCCAGCCCUGAACCUAGAGGUCUGUCAGUUCAGUUCAGAUAGGAGAGGGAGUUGGACGCCGGUUUCUAUGAAGCCAUGAGUGUGUGUUGUCUUUUUGGGGAUUCUGUGUGUAGGGCCACUAGGAGCCAUAUCACACUUCCAGUAGACACAGGACUGAUGGAGUUUCCAAGUGUGCUGCAGCCUUACAGCUGCCUCUGAGGUGGUUGCUCAGAGGAUGCGUGUUGAACCAACACAGAUGAAGUUUGGUGAAGAAUUAAUGAAAAUGUAAACCAGUUAUCAAGGGAAGGCUAGCUUCUUAAGCUGAUCAGUCCUCAGGAAAGAAAGCCAGCAGACCUGCAGAUCUCUGGCUAAGGAGAGAAGUGUGGCCAUUCCUGGCCUUGGUGGCAACGUCAGAAAUUUUAUCAGUCAGUCCUGGAGCCUAGCCUUGGGAAUUGUCUGCUUCACUGGUGGAGUGUCAGAUUUAAUUCCAUUUUACAGCAAUCCUCUCCCCAGCACCUUCCCCCUUUCCUUUUUGAAUCUCUAAAAGGGUUGUUUUGGGCUGAGCCCUCUGUCUCUGGUGCCUAUUUAUCAACCAUUUUGUUGUAGGACAGCUCUUGAUUAAAGGAAGGGCUUUGUGAGUCCAAGCCUCGUUGGGCUAAAAGAGGCAUCUUUUUCCUGUUGAUCCUGGGGUGUGGUGAGGCCUGCAUUCAGACCUCAAUGCUUGGGGUCCUGGAGUUCCAUGAGAGUGUUCUCGAGUACCUCCUCCAGGACUCCCUGGGAGCACCAUCAGCUGCAUCAGCCCGCUCUUCAAGUCUGCUCAUGGCCUGGGGAGGAAUCCAUUGGCUCCCUUGGCUUUUUAAAGGUUUUUGUAUGUGUGCCUACAGGUGUUCAUGUGUGUACAUAUGCAUGUGUGCAUAUGAUUACAUGUGUGCAUAUGAUUAUGUGGAGGCCAGAGGUUGACAUGGUGUGUUUCCCUCGAUUGCUUUCUAUCUUGAUUUUUUUUCCCAUUUAUUUAGUUGUGCUUGUGUCUGCACAUGCAUGUCCACACACACAUAUGCACCCUGGUACACAUGUGUAGGUCAGAGGACAACUUGUGAGAGUCAGUCUCUCCUUCCACUGUGUGGGUCCCAACAGUCAUCAAGCUUGGCAGCAAGUGCCUUUACCCACUGAGCCAUCUUGCCAGCCAAUCUGCCUUGUUUUUUGAGAUGGGGUCUCUUACUGAACUUGGCUAGAUUUGCAGGCGUGCAUUUGUACCAGCAGCUCUAGGGAUCCUCCGGUCUCUGCCUCCCGGUGCUGGGAUUACAGGCAUGCAUUUGUGCCUGGCUUUGAUGUGGAUGAUGGGGAACUGUACUUGGAUUUUCAUACUUGUGCAGCGAGCACUUUAGCAGCUGAAUUCUCUCCAGCCCUUUAACUGAUGUUGAUGGGCUUCCUGGGUGACUAGUCAGGAGAGUGGAGACCUGCUCUCUGCCUCUUAAACCUUUUUAUCCUUCACUUUUCUUUGGGGCCUGGUUAAAGAGCAGACACACUGGGUAUACAUAGUAUGGUACAUUUUCUAAAUUGUAUUUGCCUCAGAAAUUUUAUCAGGGGACAGACACUUUCCACUUUUGCUGUUUGUAAAAUGUACUUUAUUAAAUUUUUAAAAAUGUU